ACAGUGUAUGACAAGAGUUUAUUAAUAUUGUACUGUAGUCAACAUCCGUGUGAGCGUAUACAAUGGCCCCCAUGCAGAAAAAGGUUGAAAAGAAAGGCGGUAAGAAGAAGGAGAUGAUUACAGUGGAAGUUAAGAAGGAAAUAAUCGAGAAGUACGAACGAGGUAUGCGAGUGGCCGAAAUUGCAAGAUUUUAUAAAAAGUCUACGUCGACCAUUUGCACAAUAUUAAAGAAAAAAGAAGAAAUAAGGGGGCUAGAUGCAGCAGAAGGAGUCACGAGAAUAUCAAAGCAACGGCCACGUGUUCUGGAAGAUGGAGAAAAGUUGCUUCUGGUUUGGAUAAACGAGAAGCAACUAGCAGGUGAUACUGUGACCGAGAACUUUAUCUGCGAAAAGGCAAGGGCCUUAUACACCGAUCUCGUAAGUAAACUGCCAGGUACAUCAACAGAAAACGAAGAAGGCUUCAAGGCAAGCAGGGGAUGGUUUGAUAACUUUAAGAGGAGAAGUGGCAUCCAUAGUGUUGUGAGGCACAGAGAGGCUGCGAGUUCGGAUGAUGAAAUUGUGUCCUUGGGGAAGACCAUGGGACUGGAGGUGAAUGAGGAUGACAUUCAAGAGCUGGUGGAGGAACAUGGCCAGGAGCUGACCACCGACGAACUGAUGGAUCUGCAUCGCGAGCAACAAGAAGAGGUUAUGGAGGAGAUCUCAUCUGCAGAGGAGGAGGAGAAAAAGGCGGAGGAAUCCCUCACUUCAAAUGAGAUUAGGGAGAUGUGUAAAAUGUGGGAAACAGUGCAAAAUUUUGUAGAAAAGCACCACCCGAAUAAGGCUGUAGCAGUGCGGGCGAUGAAUCUGUUUAACGACAAUGCAGUGUCACAUUUCUGCGAAAUCCUCAAAAGGAGGCAAAAGCAAGCGUCAUUGGAUAGGUUAAAGUUGCACGAAAAGAAAAAGAUUCCAUUGAGCCAAUAGAUAGCAGUGAUUCCGUUAGUGAUAGUGAAAGUCCUACACAAUAAGCC